CCCGGUAAUAAAUGAAUAAAGUACCAGCCCAGAGGUCCCACUGGCAACUUCACAUUCCCCACAUCCUUUAUCUCAACCCAAGCUCAGAAACAUCACAAGCAUCAUGGCUGACCGCUUGGCACAAGUAUCAGGACACAUAUCAAAUGCCUACGGAAGGGGACUUCUAGCUGGGGAAGUGGCUAUAAUCACAGGCGCUGGGCAGGGUAUCGGACGUUGCGCGGCUCUUUUGUUUGCGAAAGAAGGCGCAAAAGUCGUGGUCAGCGACCUUGACGCGACAAAAGCACAAGCUGUCGUCUCAGAAAUAGUUGCAGCAGGCGGCGACGCAAUCGCUGUUGCAGGUGAUGUCGGUGCGGAUGAUUUCCCGAAACGAGUAGUUGGUGCUACAGUCCAAAAAUACGGAAAGAUAAACCACAUUGUAAACAACGCUGGCUUCACAUAUGACAAAAUGAUACACACAAUGCCGGACGAUGUGUACGAUGUGAUCAUGAAAAUUCACGUUCGCGCUCCCUUCCGUCUCGUACGUGAAGCAGCUCCCUAUUUCCGAAUCAAGGACCAGUCAAAUCGGUCCAUCAUCAAUGUAUCCUCAACUUCUGGGCUACACGGAAACGUCGGACAAGUCAACUACGCAGCUGCCAAAUCCGCUGUCGUCGGCGUUACCAAAACAAUCGCGAAGGAAUGGGGUCCAUUCGGCGUGCGCGCAAAUACGAUUGCUUAUGGCCUCGUGCACACCAGGCUAACAGCUGCCAAAGAGGGUGGCGCCUCGAUCGAGAUUGACGGGAAGAAAGUCGCUCUUGGAAUCCCUGGUGCACGUCCGCCAGUGACGGGCGCUAGUAACCCCAACGCAGUGACGGCGUUUGCAGAUAUACCAUUACGUCGUGGGGCAACGGCAGAUGAAGCAGCUGCUGGAAUGCUUUUCCUUGCAUCACCCCUCGCAUCAUACGUCUCUGGACACACCCUGGAGGUUACAGGCGGGCGAGGCAUCUGAGAUGGUUUUUGACCGUCUGUCUUAUCUAAGCUGGGAUCUACUUGAUUUUGAUUUUUUCAUACCACCCGAACUGUGAGGGAGUGGUUUACAACUGUAGGACAUACCCGGAACGUAAAGAUUGUCAAAGGAAGGAAGGCGUGCGGGUGUAUACCUAGCGGAAUGUUUUUCACAGGUCGGAUUUUCUUGUCUAUAUCUAGUAUCUAUGCAGUUGACAGUUGUACUACAUGUCGCUACAGUGCUGUUGUGUUAUCACUGAGCUAUACAGUAGAUGAUCUUCUUGACGUUCGGAUCUUCAUUCCAUUAUU